CACUUCCUGAAUUGUCAGGAUUUUCCCCUUUUUAACAGAAAUUCUUAAAUCUGGAUAUAAAUCGCUUAUAAAUUCUUAGCACUAGUCUUAGCGGCUAAUUCAACAUUUUAGAUACAUAAUAUAUAAUGCUUUAUUUUUUGUAGCUAAAUUUCUAGGUACCAGGGAAAGAAAAUGCUGGUUGUGUCACUCUGGAGUACCGCCAUGUUGCAGGUAAAAACAAAAAAUGCUAUAAUGAUUAUAUGGACUGUAUGUCAUUAACACUUAGCCUAGCAUUCUGCAUAUGCAGAUUAGGUAAUGUAAGUCAUUUGGGUUGCAGGCUGUGUUUCAAUUCCAACUUCAAACUCCAAAUGCCUCCUUUUACAUUUUUUUUCCACAUCUUUUUAAGAAAAUGUCAACAAAAUAUUGAUCUUAAGUUUAUAUACACAUUUACAAGUCAGAAUAUUAUAAAAGGGAGAAAAAAUUAGGUUCUUUUUCAGUACAGUGAAAUACUUUGUUUGCACAUCCCAGUGAUGUUAGGAGCUCCUGAAGCACUGCAGGGUUGAGGGCCUUGCUCAGGGGCCCCAAGAAUGGCAGCUUGGCGAUAGCUAUGUUUGAACCCCUGACCUUCUGAUUAGUAAUGCAUACACGGUUCAGGGGAGACCGCGCGAGUCAAGCUUUUACGGCGAUUUUGCAGCAAAGGAACCAUUACUUCAGAAAAUCAACAUGCAGAAGAGACAUGCUUAGAUCAAGAAACACAAGGAAUGGACAUUAGAUCAGCGGAGCACUGGCGUUUGAUUUGAUGAGUCCAGAUUUUAGAGAUUUAGUUCUGAUCGGCGCGUCUUUGUAAGAUGUACAGAGGGUCAAUGGGUGGCUCCUGAGUGUGUGGUUCCCAAAGUGAAGCAAGAAGAAGGAGGUGAUGAUGUGGAGGUGCUUCGCUGGUGACGAUCAAAAUUGAAGACACACCUAACCAGCUUGGUUCCACGGUAUUUUGCUUAUAUGGUGUUCUGUUAUGCUUUUUUAAUUUUUACUACACAAACACAUUGUUUUGAAAUUAAUCUCCAACUUGUAUAUAAAACUUGUUCAAAUAAAUUGGAAUACAUUUUCCAAAAUUCAUUUCAACUUUUCAAAUGAGCGUCACUGAUUGGCAGUGGGGAGGGCACGAGGGCGUUGCCUAAUUUACAUAGCAUGCAUAUUCAUUACAUGGGUUGCAUAGUAAUGAUUAAUACCUAUCAUUUUACACAGAUUAGUUUAAUAAGUAAUUACUGAUAAACAGCACGGUCGUGGGUUUUAUAAGAUGGCGACUGAAAUUCGUCUUCUCCCUAAAGGGGAAAUGGCGAGGGGGAAGUCACUGAAGCGCUGAAAACUUCAACAUUUCAACCAACGAAGAAAAUAAAUGUCAACAUGGUGUUUGGGAGCCAUCUGCUGGUGGCUUCUUUACAAACAUCCAGGUCCUUGUAAUGUAAACGGCAGUCGUGUGACUCGUGUUCGGCUGAAAGCGAUUGGAAGCGGUUUGUUUCUAUUUUUAGGUGUUUUUAUGUUUUAAAAGUGCUUUAAUUCCAGGGAUUUGGUGGAUGACGUAAUCAUAUUUCGGGGCAAAUUAUCAGAGCAGAUCAAGAGAAAACUGGGAUCGAAAACCCCAGCCUCAGCCCUGUGUGUUGUUUUGAACCGUGACUUAAUAAUAAGGACUUUCCACCAUGGCUGAGCAUCUCUCUCAGAGUGAACUAGACUACCCUUUUAAACUGCUCGAGUACUUCAAUGGUUUCAGAAUGUCCAAGGUGAUCUUUUCAGCAUGUGAGCAGGGUGUGUUUGACUUGCUUAUGCAAUCCCAGAAGUCCCUGAGUGCAGCCGAGUUAGCACGGGAACUCGGCGCUAGUGAGGACGGCAUGGAGCGGCUCCUCGAUGCGCUUGUGGGUGCCGAGGUCUUGGAGGUGGAACUAAACCAGGGCACAGGUUUGUUUAUUCCAGCUUAUUACAGCAAUACUGAUGUUGCUAACCUGUAUCUGGCCAAGGAUAGUCCUAAAUCUCUACAUGACAUGAUCAUCUACCAAUCGCAGACCAUCUACCCUCUGUGGAACAACCUUGGAGAUGCAGUCAGGGAAGGAAAGAACCAAAAUGAAAAAACCUUUGGUCUCUCAUCAGAAGACAUCUUUUCAGCUAUAUACAGGUCAGAAGACGAGAUGUUAAAGUUUAUGGGUUUGAUGAACUCCUCUUGGGUCAUUGACGGUCAUGAUGUGGUUACUGCUUUUGACUUGUCCAGAUUUAAGUCCAUAGUGGAUGUUGGAGGCUGUUCAGGUGCCUUGGCUCGUGAGUUGUCUAAGGCCUACCCUGCUUCUACAGUGACCGUCCUGGACUUGCCUAAAGUUAUCCAGACAGCCCAGAAGCACUUCUGUCAAAGUGAUGACACCAUCAAGUUUCUGGAAGGGGACUUUUUUAAAGAUGAUCUGCCUGCUGCUGAUCUGUACGUCCUAGCAAGGAUCAUUCAUGACUGGAAGGAGGAGAAAAGUCUGCCGCUGCUGAGGAAGAUUCACGCAGCCUGUAAUUCAGGUGGAGGUGUUCUGUUGAUAGAGGCCAUGUUGUUUGAGAAUCACAGAGGCCCCAUCAUGGCUCAGCUCUUCUCCCUGAAUAUGCUGCUUCAGACGGAGGGGAAGGAGCAUUCUCCCUCUCACUACACACACAUGCUCAAAGUAACCGGCUUCUCUGACGUGCAGGUUUGCAGGACGGGAAAAUCCUACGACGCCAUCCUCGCUCUCAAAUAACCCCACAUGCACACGCUGCAUCAGUGCAGUAUAAUAUCUGCUCUGCUUUAUAAAGUAAUGGUUCGAAUAGAUUACAGAAAAGAACCCUUACGUUUCAAAUUGCUCAACUUUCACAAUUCUGUAUCCAAUAGAAACAUUUUAUUAGGUGGCACAGAGUUUGACAUCACGAGUGAAAAUGCUUUUAUUUUGCACUCGUUUAUAAUUGAAAGAAAAUUUUUUAAUUGCAAAUAAUAAUAUUUUCCACAAGCAUUUGGCUUUAUUUUUGCAUUAAUGACCGUGUGCACCGACCCUGACGCGGAAUCAUGUUCAUGCAAAACCAUUCUAGAGCUUGUGAUCCCAUGCAAAGUAGAAGAGAUUAGACGUGAGAAACAUCCGAUUGUAAACAUGAAUUUCACACGUUUAAAACAAAACAAAAAAAAGACCAAGUAAAAGUCCAGAAUAUUAAAUAUCCAGCAUACAAAAUAUUUUACGUCUGUCUAUAUAUUGCAAAGACGAUCAUUCCAGAGUUUAGAACCAUCACUGAAAUGACUCGGUCAUGAAUCUCCAGCCUGUUUAUGGUCAUUCCACACACUUCAGACACACUGGAGUGAGAUUAAUAGAUUAAACAGUGAAUUUCUUCAUAUCGUUUUCAUGUUUCCAGCUUGAUGUCCUGCAAAUACCAUCAGUAUUAUUGAAGUGAAUUCAAUUGUAUUCCAUCCAUACACAUUUUCCACAGGUACGGUUUUUGCCUUCAGGUCUCUGAUUACCUCAUAUAACUGCUGUCUGGAUCCUGACUGUGAACAAAAAGCGGAUUUCACAUAAUAUAUUAUAUUAAUUAGAUGCAAUAGACUGGGGGAAUGCAUGUUAAGACAUAAUUACUACUUUUCCACUCUAAAGUGAUCAUUGUUCAGUAUUACUCUGUGUGCAUGUACCAAAAUAUAGUAUUUUAAAAUACUGUACUAUGUAUUUAAUCUCAAGAAGGUAUUUGAGUUGUUUUCCAAUUACAUUUCUUUUGUAAACAGUAAGAUCACAUACACACAUGCUAAAUUUUAUUGCAACCAACUCUUCAUCCUGGACAAGCCUUUCUUUUAUGGAAAUUGGGAGCUCUGUGGUUAAAGCUCUGAGUUCCUGAUUGUAAAGGUGAAGCCCCAGCACUCCCAACAUUUUGGGCCCUUCAGAAAGGCCCUUUACUCUCUCUGCUUUAGGGGUGACCCUGCACUCUGACCCCAUUGUACUAACAAGCUGCGAUAUAUAUAUACAUAAGUAAAAGCCUCUAAAUGUAUAAUCUUUUCCAUGGUGAAAUUAUUAAAUCCAAGAACAAUCGAAA